GGGGCAGCCGGGCGGGGCUCGGGCGGAGCGGAACGGUUGCGGUGGCGUCGGCGGUCCUCAGGACUCUUUGGGCGCGUGGUGCGGAGGGAUACGGCGAUCGGACGGUGGGCCGGCCCGGCAUCAUGGCCUCGGAGCUGGAGAGCCUCAAUCCCGGGCAGCGCAUCAUGACCUUCCGCCCCACCAUGGAGGAGUUCCGCGACUUCAGCCGCUACAUCGCCUACGUGGAGUCGCAGGGCGCCCACCGCGCCGGACUGGCCAAGAUCGUGCCGCCUAAGGAGUGGAAGCCGCGGCAGUGCUACGAUGACAUCGACGAGCUCGUCAUCCCUGCGCCCAUCCAGCAGGUGGUGACGGGGCAGUCCGGGCUCUUCACGCAGUACAACAUCCAGAAGAAGGCCAUGACGGUCCGCGAGUUCCGCAGGAUCGCCAACAGUGACAAGUACUGCACACCCCGCUACACAGACUUUGAAGACCUUGAACGAAAAUACUGGAAGAACCUUACGUUCAAUGCCCCCAUCUACGGGGCUGACGUUAAUGGCACGCUCUACGACAAGCAUGUAGAUGCGUGGAAUAUUGGCAGAUUGAACACAAUCCUGGAUGUUGUGGAGAAUGAAAGUGGCAUAACCAUCGAAGGAGUGAAUACUCCUUACCUAUAUUUUGGAAUGUGGAAAACUUCAUUUGCUUGGCACACUGAGGACAUGGAUCUUUACAGUAUUAAUUACUUGCAUUUUGGGGAACCCAAGUCAUGGUACUCCAUCCCUCCAGAGCAUGGGAAGCGGCUGGAGAGACUUGCGAAAGGAUUUUUUCCAGGAAGUGCCCAAAGCUGUGAAGCAUUUCUUCGUCACAAGAUGACUCUCAUUUCUCCAUCAAUUCUGAAGAAAUACGGAAUUCCAUUUGAUAAGGUGACACAGGAGGCUGGAGAGUUCAUGAUAACCUUUCCUUAUAGCUAUCAUGCUGGCUUUAACCACGGCUUCAACUGUGCUGAAUCUACCAACUUUGCUACUCUUCGCUGGAUUGAGUACGGGAAGCAGUCGGUGCUGUGCUCAUGUCGGAAGGACAUGGUGAAGAUCUCCAUGGAUGUGUUUGUGAGGAAGUACCAGCCAGAUCGUUACAAGCUUUGGAAAGCUGGGAAGGACGUGACUGUCAUUGACCAUGCUCUUCCAACCCCAGAGGCAGCAGAGUUCCUUAAAGGGGAUCUCAUGCAAAAAGUCAAGAAUGGGAAACACUGUGCUGAGGAGAUGGAAACAGAAGAGGCUUGUAAAGAGGAGGUGGAUGGGGAUGAGACAAAAAGCAUCCCCAAGCACCGCAUAGGAACAAAAAGGCACAGGGUCUGCCUGGAAGUGCCUCAGGAGGUGAGUGAGAGUGAGGCCUUCCCUAAGGAGGAGCUGAGCUCCACACAGUAUGAAGAGGAUAUGGCAGAGCCUUGCGAGAGGCCCACAAAUGAAUUUGUGCAGCAAGGUGAACAAAGGCUCAAACUUCCAGAUGGUGUGGAGUCAGCCAAAUUUGAAGAAUUGAAAACGGUGAAGCUUGAGGUGGAAGAGGAACAAGAAGCAGCUGUACUGGAUCUCUCCAUUUCACAUGCUUCAAAUUCCACUUCAGUGUUGCCAGCUUCAAAGCAGAGUGCUACAUCCACUGUUCAGUCCAGCUCACCUGCCUAUUCUUCAGACUCUGAAUCAUCUGAUCUGUUGGCAAAACGAACUCUUCCUGGGCCAGCCGGGGUGUUCACAGUCCACAGCUAUGCUAAGGGGGAUGCCAGCGGAUCCGACAAUGAACAGACUUCAGGGAAGAAAGCCAGUGCCACCUCCAGUGUCAAUGAGCAAGAACUGACAGAGGUGGGAAAGGAGUAUGUAAGCUCCGUCAAGGAGAGUAAGAAGUCCAAGGGUCGUCGCCAGCCGUUGAGCAAACUCCCACGUCACCACCCACUCCUGGUGAAGGACUGCAUCAGUGAUGAUGAGGCAUCAGAGCAACUAACUCCUGAAGAAGAGGCUGAGGAGACAGAAGCGUGGGCCAAGCCACUGAGCCAGCUGUGGCAGAAUCGGCCACCAAAUUUUGAGGCUGAAAAGGAAUACAAUCGCACCAUGGCCCAGCAGCCCCCAUACUGUGCUGUUUGUAUGCUCUUCCAGGCGUAUCAGGCAGAAUGUGAAGGCAGCAGUCAAAACUCUGGAGUAACUCCAGCUGCUGUGGACGGGAAGAUCCGAACUAAACCCCUGAUUCCUGAAAUGUGCUUUACUGCAACUGGCUGCAGCACUGACCUCAAUCUUUCCACUCCCUACCUGGAGGAAGAUGGAACCAGUGUACUCAUCACCUGCAAGAACUGCCAUGUCUGUGUUCAUGCAAGUUGUUAUGGUGUAUCCCCUGAGAAGGCCACUGAAGACUGGAUGUGUUCACGGUGUACAGAAAAUGCGUUAGAAGAGGACUGCUGUUUGUGUUCGUUAAGAGGAGGAGCACUGCAGAGAGCCAAUGAUGACAAGUGGGUUCAUGUGAUGUGUGCUGUGGCUGUACUGGAGGCAAAAUUUGUGAACAUCGCAGAACGGAGUCCUGUAGAUGUUGGCAAAAUCCCCCUGCAGCGUUUCAGACUGAAAUGCAUCUUCUGCAAGAAGAGGAGAAAGAGAAUUGCAGGUUGCUGUGUACAGUGCUCACAUGGUCGGUGUCCCACAUCCUUUCAUGUCAGCUGUGCCCAAGCAGCAGGAGUCAUGAUGCAGCCUGAUGACUGGCCAUUUGUUGUCUUCAUUACCUGCUUCAGGCAUAAGACCCCAUCUCAGGCAGAGCGAGCCAAGGCUGCACUCCAGGAUCUGUCCCCUGGGCAGAUAGUCAUCAGCAAGCACAAGAAUGGUCGCUUCUAUCAAUGUGAAGUGGUCAGCCUUGCAAAGGAGACUUUCUAUGAGGUCAACUUCGAUGAUGGCUCCUUCAGCGAUAACCUGUACCCAGAGGACAUUGUGAGUCGAGAUUGUCUUCAGUUAGGUCCCCCUGCUGAAGGGGAAGUCGUGCAAGUUAGAUGGACAGAUGGACAAGUUUAUGGAGCCAAGUUUGUCGCAUCACAUGCUAUCCAGAUGUACCAGGUGGAAUUUGAAGAUGGUUCACAGCUGAUGGUGAAAAGGGAUGAUGUAUAUACUCUUGAAGAGGAGCUUCCUAAGAGAGUGAAGUCAAGGCUGUCAAUAGCUUCAGAUAUGCGCUUCACAGAGAUCUUUGAAGAGAAGGAGGUCAGUCAAGAGAGGAAGAGACAAAGAGUGAUCAAUUCACGCUACCGUGAAGAUUAUAUUGAACCUGCCUUGUACCGGGCCAUCAUGGAGUAAACGCUGCCUGUGGCAGAGGAAGAAGAUGCCCACCUCCCCCAAGGAUUUAAACGUUCCAGUACAACAGGCCAUAUUUGGAUGCUUUGAAUCCAGGGUUUCUUCUGGGGUUUUGUUCUUUUAUAUUUUAAGGAAGCUAAAAAGCUGAUGCUCUGCAGUAGCUGUAAGGCAGCUGUUGGAUAGUGAAAGAGAUCCCAUUUGCUGAAGCUGAUGCCUGCAGAUUGCUGGUCUGAAGUUGGGUCCUUACCAAAUAAGCCAGCUUGGGGAUGCUGCUUUCAUCUUGUUGAGCAGUCUUGCUUUUCCUUUAGAGACAAUUAUGACAGGUGGCAAACUCUUCGGAGAGUUGUUGCCAGGAAUCCUGGCAGCUGCAGAAUAGUGUGGUCUGUUGUUUUAAUUGAAUAAUGUUCCUGAAUUUAGGAGUCUCCCUGGUGACCACACCUGGGCUUGAGCAGGCAGUAUUACUGGUGCUGGAAAUGGAACCUCUUUUAUAUUUAUAUCCAUUUUUUGUCGCAAGCAGCUUCAGUCUCUUGUUUCUCAGCACCUCCUUUCUGAGGUUGGGCUGUAGGAUGUUCAAAUCUGAACAGAAAGGAGGUGCUUAUGUGAACAGGUGAAAUGUGAAAAUGAAUCCUGUAGGACAAAUUAUUUAACCUUCCAUUUAAUAUUUUUGUUCUGAUAGUGCUUUUGACUUACUUAAUCAUAAGUUUAAUUGUUAAUAGUAUGUGCCUCAGAACCAGUGAAAUCUCUCUGGAGCCUUGUGAAGUGCAGCCUUCUAACAAGACUAGGUGUUCAGCUCCCAAUAGACAUGCACCUCCCAAAGAGUUUCGUUUGAGUUUCUCUAAGGCAAUAUGACUAAAGGGACAGUCCUAACUCUCCCUUCUUGAAAUCCAAGCAUCACAGUGUUGGGGAUGACAGGGCAGCGGUAUCUGUAGCAGUGCUGUUCUGGGACAGCACUGUCUAUCGUGUGUCCUCAGGCUUUUGCUUACAGCAGCUAAUACUGGGUCUGAGACAGAUGAAGUAUGCACUGAGCUGUGUGUUAUUACUGAAAGGCUGUGCAGUGCUCUUCUGAAGCAGGAGUGCUACCGUGUUGCUGUCUGGCAAAGGUUACCGUAGCAUUUUUAUAGAAUAUUAGGACACAUCUCAAUUGUGGUGAAGAGAAUUUGCUACCCCAGCCAUUGGAAGCUGAGUUCAGCUGGGUUACUAGGUGUACCUGGAAGAUGUGCCAACUUGCUCCUAUUAAUUUAAGCAUUAACACAUCACAGUAGGAGCAGUGUAAGUACAUGUUCCUUUCCCAUUCUGUAGGAAAGGGAUUUUAGGCUGUGGAGCAGAUUGGCCACCUUCUUUUUGCAUGGAAUGAUGGAGGGAGUUUUCCUACUGGAGAAAAUCAUGAUUGUGUGUUCUCCAGAAACUGUUCAAGAGGAGAAUUUUCUAAUGAAACAGACCUAAUGCAUCCCUGCUUCUAUAGGGACAUGGCCAUGUGUCUGCAAAGUCUGGAUUUGUAACUUUUUUCCUUUUGUUACAUAGGAACGCUAUAAACCAAACCCUUCUGAAACCCCGGUGCAUCAAUUUGUGAUUAGCAAUAAAAUGUAGUAUUGAGUAGUGAUACAACUCUUGAUCAGAAAAGAAAUAAACUGCAACUUUUAUACAGUAAA